UAACAGCUGAAGCUCAUUGAGGUGCAACGUCGAGGACUACCUGGAAUCGAUUUGAAUAUUAGUCGUUUCGAAGAAUUCGUUUUGAUCAAAUAUAUGGAAAAGAUCGUUUAAGAGGGAACCGUUAGUGAUUUCUCACCGGAUGUGAAACAAUACAUUUUUCAAAGUGUUAAAAAUCACUAAUCAGCUACGGUCAUCCAAUCAUGGCCAGUACUGAUUGAUGAAAUCCUGAAACUGGUUUUCUUUGUCCGUUCUUUACGCCUUCGCGUCUGGUCUGAUCUGAUCGGUGGUACGGUGUGUGCGAUCGCUAGCGUUGGCUUUGUAUAAGUGAGUGAGAAACUAAAGAACCCUGGACUGUUUGAUUCUUGGCGCCGAAGUGUAUACCCGGAUUACCAGCAGCACAUCGACGACAACGAAGAAGACUUUGGUUAUGGUGUUGAUGCAUCGUCGUAUGCAUUUGCGCGACACUGGACACACUGUACGGGCGGAUUGACAACUUAAGCCGGAAAACACAACUCACAACAUCCGUCUGGACGAACGCAACGGUAGACUUCUUUUCGUGGAAAAUUGAUGUUUAUUCAAAUUGAUCUGUGAUGAGGCAUGCAUCCGUUUGGGUGUGCAUCCUGACGUUCUACAACCUACAGUCGACCUCACUCGCUGCAAUCGUCCCUCCACCAUGGAGUGAUCCAAACAAGAACCCGUGUGCGAGUCAACCUGGCGGGUGGCAGUUGCUGUAUUGGCCACCGCUGAGAAAAUGUUUCAAAAUUUUUCAGAUGGGUUAUCCCUGUCCGGACACGAUGGAACUGAGUCCCGUUGGAGUAGGCAGCACGAGUAUGGGAUCCUCAGCUGAAUGCCGCUGUCCUCCUGGAACGGCACAACAUCCCUUAACGAGACGAUGCCACCGGCUGUUUGAACGAGGACCGUGCGAUUUUGGUCAGUACUUUGCGCCAUUUGCGGAUUCCGAAGUGAAAAGUGCCAUACCGAAACAACGCUGGGGAACCUGUAAGUCAACGGAAAUUUGCGAUAGUGGAAUGAUUUUCUGGCCACAGGACAAUAAAUGCUACCAGUUGUAUACCAAAGGACCAUGCUCGAAGGGGAAGCUAAUCAGUAUGGAUAAUGAUGGGAUAGCUAAAUGCAAGUGCGAAAAAGAAGGAGAGCUCGGAAACUAUUUUCACAACGAAACAGAAACGUGUCACGAAUUCUUCACCAAAGGACCUUGCCAGCGAACAGGAGAGUUAUUUCUGCCCUCGAGAAAGUGCGCUUGUCAUCAGCGGUUACCACAUUAUCAUAAUGAAACAAGCCAAUGUUACGAGCUAGAUACGAUAGGGCCCUGUCCUAUCGGGCACACAUAUAUCAUAGCUGACAAAAGAGGUCAACAUGAGGUCACUGCUAUGCGAGCGGAAUGUCGUUGCAAAGAAAACUAUGUUCCGUGGAAAAACGGAUAUUGUUACAAAUUAUACACGCAAGGGCCUUGCGAUUUCGGGUCUUUCAUAAUAGAUUCCAAUAGUUGUAUUCCAAACCCUUGCGAAAAGGGACGACUGUACUUCCCUAGAGAAAAAACCUGCUACCGAAUAGGAGCCCAAGGUCCUUGCAGUUUACAUCAAGUAGUCAUAUUUGAUUUUACCACACGCCCUUCAUUAGACGGCAUUUCCUACAAUGGGAUUUGCGGAUGUUCCGGAGUCAUUCAUAACUUAGACCAAACCUGCUCCGAAGACGAUGUUCCUAAAAGUGCUUGCGACAGCACACCUGACAUGAUAGAGAUAAAUAAGCAAUGCUUUAAGCUUUACACACGGGGUCCGUGUGGUCCUGGGCAAUGGAUUGAACCAAAAAAAGGUCCAGCAAAAAUUCGUGCCGCAGCGUGUGUUUGCCGGCCGGGAUACACUACUUACGACACGCCUCUCCAGAAUGGGGUUAUCGGAUGCCAACCGCCAGCUGUAGGACUUGCCAGGUAUUUGAACGGAAAACGACUGUUGUCUUUUAGGAUUGGAAACUUCUCCCUCACCAUCCCACAAGUUUAGUGUAGAGCUAACAUAGAAAUAUACUAACAUCAUUUACUCAGCAUGCGAUCCGGUUUUUAACAGCAUGAACCCUCAAAGUCAAUGUUGGUAUUUCAGUACGAUAAUUUCGUCAAUUUUAGUAACCCAACCGAACAGAUUUUUUUCCUUCUACAGGUGGUUCAUGAGUUUGCUAGGAUUCGGACCGGCUGAGAGUGCAGAAUAUUGAGUUACCAAAAAAGCAACGAUAGAAAAGAAUUCACGGAAAAAAGCAACUAUAGAAAAGAAAUUCACUGUACUUCAUUACGGAAAUAUCUGGACAUCUUUUAUCAUUUUCAGUCAAACAAUCCGCGAGCCUGGUAAACUGCCAAGAAGUGCAAGUAACUAGUGAAUAAGUAUGCUGUAAGUAUUGUGAUUGUGCCAUAAUUGUAAAGAUGGUGUAAAAUAUGUGUAUCUGUAAGAAAACUUCGUAAAUACCAACGCCGACUGAAUAGGUUAAUGCAUA